AUGAGGGAGUUCAGGUGUCAGAGCCGGAGGGGGGGCAGGAUGGAGUGCUCCUGGAAGACCGUGCUGCUGCUGGUGUGCGCGUCUCUGGGGGUCCAGUACACCGCCAUCCGGACCCUCAGGGACUCUCUGUCUGGGCCGUGUCAGGGAGCGUACCGCUGCUCCUCCAGACAGCACAGAGAUUCCAGGUGGAGAUCUUUGUGUGAUGACGGCUGGAUGCAGGUGGCGUUACCACGGAAACACAUCCUGCUGUUUGCCACCACCCGCAGCGGCUCGUCCUUCACGGGUCAGCUCCUGAACCAGCACCCGGAGGUCUUCUAUGUGUUCGAGCCUCUCUUCCACGUGCAGCAGGCCUUCACCAACUCCAGCAGCCGCCUGCGCCGCUCUCUGGACCGCCGUGCCCUCCUGGGAGCGUACAGAGACCUCCUCCUCAACCUGUACGCCUGCGACCUUCACUUCAUGGAGAACUACGUCCGCCCGGAGCCCCAGGACCACGUCACCAACUCCUUCUUCCGCCGCAGCUCCAGCCACGCCCUCUGUUCUCCUCCUGUGUGCUCUGAUGGCGCCGGCGGAGCGACCUCUGGUCUGCCUGAUGAAACCUGGUGUCCAAAGAAAUGUGGCGCCCUGAACCUCACCUUAGCGUCACUGUCCUGCCUGUCCAGGGGGCACGUCGCCAUAAAGACGGUACGUGUCCCUGAGGUGGCCGACCUGCGCACUCUAACAGAAGACCCCCGUCUGGACCUGAAGAUCCUCCACCUGGUGAGAGACCCCAGAGCCGUCCUCGCCUCUCGCAUGAUGGCGUUUUCGGAUCAGUUCCGUGCUUGGAAAAUGUGGAAUGCCACAGGACGGCAGCCACGAUACGUGGACUUGUCGCAGAUCACCAGCACCUGUAAGGACAUGUCUGCGUCUGCAGAGACCGGUCUUCAGAGGCCGGCGUGGCUGCGAGGACGCUACAUGCUGCUGCGGUAUGAAGACCUGGCGUCUAACCCCAAGGACAAGGCGGCUGAGAUCUUCAGGUUUGUGGGUUUAGAGAGGGACCGCAGGGUGGAUCAGUGGAUUUCUAAGAACACCAACAGAGACGCGUCGUCUCCGUCUGAGUGGAAUUACAGAUACUCGACCACCAGGGACUCCAGAGCCGCCGCGGAGAGCUGGAGGCUUCAACUCAGCUUUGACAUCGCGAGGACGGUCCAGAACCUGUGCAACCACACGCUGGCUCUGCUCGGAUACAGACCGGUCCAGUCUGCAGCUCAGCUCAGGGACUUAUCUGUCAGUCUGGUAGAAAACAUCAGCUUUGAGACGGUCACAUGA